UAUGAUCCCACCGGACUGCAUCGUUCAUGUUGGGUCUAUGUUGAUUAUGUGGAGAGAAGCAUUGAUUUUAUGUGGAUUAUGUGGAUAAUCGCUCGCUCUUCCUAAGGAUAUGUGGGCUAACCAAGCGUGGGCGUCGGGAACUGUCCCCGGCGCUCCUACGGGGCAGGACAAGAUUAGUGCAUUGCAACAACAAGCUCAGCAGUAUGCAGCCUUUCAGCAGCAACGUGAGCAGCAAUGGCCACCAUCGGCGGCUCCAUCUUCUGUUAAUCCAUGGGUGUGGGGACAGUCUGGGGUGUAUGGAAUGUACAACAUGUACGGGACCCCGGCAGCUGGUGUUCUCCCAAUGAUGUCGGUUCCUCCUCCAACGUACCAGUCCAACAACAUCCCCCAGUACAAUGCACCACCCCCUGAGCUGCCCCCACCACCCCCAGAGGAUCCUCCUCCUCCACCGCCACCGGAUGAGGACAAGGACAAAUUGGGGAAGGAUGGCACAAAGGGUUCAGUAUUAGAAAACAAAGGUGCUCUUAUGUCUGAGAAGAAGGAGGACAGCAAGGCACAGGAGAAACCAGAUGAGGGGAAGAACCCUGACAAUCAGACCACAGAGUCAAGGACCAAGCCUGCCGAUAGUAAGGAACCAACCCAAGGCCCCCAACAGGAGAAAAUGGAAUCUGAGGCUAAAAGACAGAGACUUGAGGGACAGGACCCUGCCAACCCACAGGGCUUCAACUCCAACCAGGGUGAACAAGGUGGCAGCUGGGGGAAUCCCUUCACACCAGCCGGCAAUCAAGGCAGGGGGAACUGGCACCCUAGAGGAGGAAUGGGAAGAGGGGAUAACCGAAUGCCUUGGAAUAACAAUCCUGGAGGAAACAACAUGAACCAGCCUUGGGGACCAUACAACCAGGGACCAGACAACAGUGGAAGGAAUCCCCAAGAGCAAGGCAACAGGAAUAUUGCCAAUUAUGCCCAGGAUUCAGCAAGAGGAGGGUUCGGUGAUAACAGAGGAAAUAUUUCAGGAGGUGGCCAUGGACUCCUAAAUCUGCCAAAUGAUAUGCAACAAAUUAAUCCAGGAUUAAAAUUGGAUGAAGAGAAUGAUGAAGACUUGAAAGAGUUCGAUAGACAGUUUGGAAACUGGGAAAGGCAGUUCACACAGUGGCGAGAGCAAAACAAAAAUCAUCCCGAUAAGAAUGCACUUAGCAGGUAUGAGGAGGACUGGAAGAGAUGGCGGCAGGAACUCUUACAAAAACGUGAAGAAAUUAAGAAGAAAAAAUUGGAAAAGUUACAGGAAGACACUCUACAGGAAAAGGCAAAUAAGAACGUUGAUUCUGCCACCAACCAGAGUGUCCAGUCCCCAGCCAAUGUAGGUACCACACCUGCUACCAAAGAACCUUCCAACAGUUGGCAGCAGAAUCAGGAGAGAGGAAAUGCUACGUUUGGCCAAGGGCCGGAGAGAAGAGACCUGAAUCAACCAGCCAGCUCCAGAGGCUUCAGUGACGAAAAGCAAGGGGGAGUCAAUCAAAACCAAAUGGGUAGAGGACGCGGAGGAUUCAACAGGGGUGGCAUGGGCCCUGAUCACAAUCUUGGGGGCUACAACCAACAGGGCCGAGGUAGAGAUGACCAGGGACACGAGAACUCUGCCUGGGGCGGAAUGGGACAGUUCGACCAGAAUCAAGGUUUUGAUCCCUCCAACCAAGGGGGAUUCGACCAGUUCAAUCAGGGUAGAGGAGGGUUCACCAAUUUCCGAGGAAGAGGAGGAUUCAACCAGCCAAAUAGUGGAAGAGGUAGAUUCAAUCAGUCUGACCAAAAUGAGGGGCUUCAGCAGAACAACGUCAGCCAAGACAAUCAGCCAUUAGGCGGUUUGAAUCAAGACAAACAAAAUCAAGGUAGUUCUGGAAUGAGAGGCUUUGGACGUGGAGGAUUUGACCGAGGACGAGGGGGAUUCAGCCAAAGAGGGAGAGGUCAAGGAAUGUUCAAUAACCAGAGCCUUGGGCCAGAAGCAACCAAGAAAGAAGAGUCUGCCAUGUGGAAUAAAGAUCAAGAUGACAGGGUUCAAGGAGGAUUUAACCAGGACCUACACAACAGAGGAGGAUUCAAUGCCAACAAUCGAGGACAGAGUAAUUUUGACCAGGAUGAUCGAGAUAUGAGGAGCUAUGAUGAAAAUGAAAGGAUUCAGCAGGACAGUGGCAGAGGCCGUGGCAGUUUUGAUAUGAGAGGUAGAGGUCGUGGAAACUUUGACCAAGGUGGCAGAGGCUAUGAGCGAGGCGGUAGAGGUUGGGGAGACUUAGACCAAACAGGGAGAAGUCCUGGUAAUUUUAACCAAAGUGAUAGAGGUUUUGGAGACUAUGAAAACAACAACAAAGGUCGAGGUGGUUUUAACCAAAGUGGCAGAGGCCGUGGAGGCUUUGAACAGAGUGAAAGGGGCUUUGGUAAUUUUGACCAAGAUAGCAGAGUUGUGGGAGGCUUUGACCAAGACAGUAGAGGUCGUGGAAACUUUCACCAGCGUGGGCGUGGAGGAUUCGACCAAGGGGGGAGAGGCACUCCUGGAGGCUUUGACCAAGGGGGGAGAGGCACUCCUGGAGGCUUUGACCAAGGGGGGAGAGGCACUCCUGGAGGCUUUGACCAAGGGGGGAGAGGCACUCCUGGAGGCUUUGACCAAGCAGAGAGAGGCUCCAAUUUCUUUGACCAGAGUGGAAAAGGUCGGGGUGAAAGGGGUCCUUUCAACCAUGAAAGAAGCCAGGAAGGGUUUGAUCAAGGGAGAAGAGGCCCCGGAGACUUUGACGUGGGUGCAAGAGGUCGGGGAGGCUUUGACCAAGGGGCAAGAGGAGGUCGAGGAGGCUUCGAUCAAGGAGGGAGAGGCCGUGGGAAUUCAAACUUCAACAACCAAGACCAUUCAAACUUUGGCCGAGGAAGAGACUUUGGUCAAAGGGGAGGGAACCAGUUUGGGCCAGGCCGGGGAGGACGCAGUGGCAUGCCAGACCAAGCUCUGCAUGAUGGCCCUACUGAUGCAUUUGGAGAAAACAAGCCCAAUGCAGAUCAGGGCUGGAAUAACAACACAGACAGAUGGCAAGGAAACAACCCACCAUGGGGGCCAGGAGGGAGAGGAGGCUUUAGUGGGCCUGGUAACAGAGGCCGUGGCAGUGGCCGUUGGGAUGGCCGCGAUGAAGGUGGCCAAGGAAGGAAUUCCAACAUGGGCCCAAAUAGGGGACAAGACCCUGCAUGGUGGAACUCUGGGUCAAGGGAGAGCCUACUCGAACAGAACAGUGGGUCGCAGCUGAGCGGGAAAGAUGACCAGCGUAAAGGGGACAAGAGCAGCUUUGGCUUCGGCAUGAAUGAGCCUGGCACCAUCCCAGGGCUGGACCUCCCAGACACCCAGGCUCCCAUGGAGAACAAGAACAUGACACCAAACCAGAAGAAUCCAGUGUCAGCCAAGACAGUGUUCCACGACCAGGAGGAUGAGAAGAUCGAUGUUAAACUUGGUGCUGAACGCCUCCACAUUGGACCCAUUGGUGUACCACACAGCAAGGAGAAGUUUACGCUACCAGAAGAUUGGUACGAUGACGAGGAAGAAAAUGAACACAAGGACACAGAGAAUAAAGAAGAGGCUAGUAGAACAGAGGAGCCCAUUCAUUCGGAAAACAAGAAAGACGAGCCAUUUGAACAAGGCUUUAAAGGUCAACAGAAUGCAGGUUUUGGAAUGCCUGACAGAGACAUGCAGCAAGGGCCGUGGCAAGGAGACAGGAGAGACAGACCGAUGUUUGGCCAAGAUUUUGAAAGCCAACAGAAACCAGGUUUUGGAAUGCCAGACAGGGACAUGCAUUCGCCAUGGCAAGGGGAUAAUCGAGACCGGCCGCCGUUUAGACAGGGCCCAAUGGAUCCUCAGCGUCCCAACCGACCAGAGUCUAAUCCAAGGGCACCAGACACUGCGAUGCAUGAACGCUGGGGCAAUCGAGAUGAGGACCCCAGACAAGAGCGCUUCCCAAGGGAUGCAGGUACAAAAGGCCGCUGGGGAGAAGGCUAUGACAGGCAUUGGGAUGACCGUUAUCCAGGAAGAAGUGGUCCAGAUGACCGAAUUAGAGAUGAUCCUUACUACAAUAGGUGGGAUAAUUAUAGUGAUCGAAGAGGCCAAGAACCCUAUUGGAGGGACGAACGCGAUCCUUAUUAUGAGGACCGUUAUGGGAGAGGAUCAAAAGAUUAUUAUGACUGGCCACCUCAUGACAGGGAUUAUUACGACCGAGAGAGAGAGCGCUUUUAUCAAGAUGGCAGGGGUCCAAGAGGAUCCUUUGAGAGGAACGAACCAGGCUUUGGCACAGAACCCCGGAAUUUCCAUGAGAGAGAUAGAAGAAAUAGCUUUGACCGAGAAGGGAGGGAAUUUUACGACAGAGACAGAAGGGAUCCAUUUUAUCGAGGGGAUCGAGAUGACUUUGGGAGAGAUUCUCGGGACUGGAGUGCACAGGCUGUAGAAAACAGAACAGUUGUUGACUAUGGACACAGUGGACCUGGUUCAGGAGGGAUGAAAAUGCCACCAAAUGAGGGAUCGCCUUUUGGAAUGGGAGCUGAUAUGCCAAAACAGGGACAGGCUAACAUACCAGAGCAUGUGAGAAGAGACCCUAGCUUCAGAAUGGGAAGUGACGACAGAAGAGACAUCCGGAGACUUGAGAAUUCCCCAAGACCCCCUCACUUAGAUCGCAGCCAUAGUAGAUCUCCAUCUAAAAGUAGCAACAGUAAGCAGAUGAAGCCCUUGGAAAGUGGGCACACAACACCACUAACUCAGACAUCCAAGGAGCAAGAGGAGGUGGGGGACGUGGUCACUAUUGAGGAUCUGGUUUCGGUCCCAGGGAGGUUUAUGAGGCCUCCCAAGAUGGUGAUUAUUUUAAGAGGCCCUCCAGGCUCAGGCAAGACAACAUUAGCCAAGAUGAUAAAGGAUAGAGAGGUUGAGAAUGGUGGUAACCCACCCAGGAUUCUCUGCCUUGAUGACUAUUUCAUGGUGGAAACGGAGAAAAUGACCACUGAUCCAGAUACUGGAAGAAAAGUGAAGACGAAGAUUAUGGAGUAUGAAUUUGAGCCAGAGUUGGAGGAAAGCUAUCGAAUGUCACUAAUUAAAUCCUUCAAGCGGCAAGUUGACGAUGGCUUCUUCCCUUUCAUCAUUGUGGACUGCGUUCACAACAAAGUGAAACACUUUGCUGAAAUGGCCACCCAUGCCAAGAAAUGUAAUUUUGAGGUAUAUAUUGGGGAACUAGAGGUAGACCAGAGUAUCUGCCACAGAAGAAACACUCAUAACCACUCCAGAGAACACAUCCAGAACAUUAUACGCCAGUGGGAGAAGACGCCGGCCUCAUAUACAAGAGUAGAUCUGACUCCUUUCAUUCAAGAUGCUGCUAUUGAAGAGGUGGAAAUGGAAGAUUCCAUGGAACCAGCAGCUACAGAUAAAGAGAAUAAAGAAGAUGUAGAAGAUGAAGAUGAGGACAAGGAAGCCUUCAAAAAGGUUUAUAAUGAUUUUAUUCGGAGCAAAUGGGAUACCAUGGAAAGCCAAGAAGAGAAACUCGACAAGCUUGAUGGUGUGAGGUCUGCCAAAAAGCGCAUGGGGACCGGACAACCCAAGUCCAUUGAAGAUUGGCUCCAACUCUCUGAAGACUAUGACUCAAAGGUAGCACAACCUGGAAAGAAACGGGUACGCUGGGCUGAUGUAGAGGAGAGAAAGAAACAAACAGCAGCUCGGGAACGUGGCUUUGUCCUAGGCCAGACAGACUGGAGUCGAAUGACUGACUUGUCCUUUGGCAACAAUGCUCUUGUUCAGAUCCGUUACAUCGAAGGACGUGAGAACAAGUGAGCACUUACACGUGACUCACUCUGCCUUCAUGUGUAGCAUUUGCUAAGACUUCAUUUUGAGUUUCCAAGACACCGGAGCAUUUCUGUUUUGUUAUUAAAUUAUUUCUGCAACCUUGUUUUAGAGGAGUAAUGUCUCAUUAGUGUGAUAAUUUCCCCAUCUAUGUUUUUUGUUUUUUUUUACAUUUUUCUUUUAGUUUGUUAAUAUUAGUAUGUGAAUUAGUCUAUUUUUUAUCAAUUUGAAUGGUAUAUCAUAAAGUUUGUAUUGAAUUGGUUGUACAAGUAUCCUGUACUGAUGGGAUGAACAUCAGUUAGUGUUAGCUGAAAGCACAUUAAAAGUAAUUACUAUGAUUCAGAAAGGACAGUACAUUGCUGUAGAAAUAGAUUCAGGUAAAAAUCUGAAGUUCAUCUUUCAUAUGGUGCUCCAGGAUGUUGCACUUGUAACUGGAAUUUCCUUGAUUUUCCUUGUUUCUUUCUUAUAGACAAGUUAAUCAGAAAAGUAAGGAAGAAGCAAGUAAAAGGUGAUUUUUCUCUUCGUCCUCUCCAGAGCAUUUGUGUAAAUUAUAUUUUUCAUACAGAAUUCUAUGAAGUUUUUCGUCUUUGGAACAAUGAUGUGACUUCUGUUAUUUUAUUUAUUGAUUACAUGAAUAAAAAAAAUUCCAGCUGGGUUUCCCAAUUUAUGGAGGCAGUGCAUCUAAUUUCUAAAUUCAUAAACGCCAUUUUUUCUUCUUUUUUUAUUAUUACUAUUAUUAUUAUUAUUAUUAUUAUUAUUAUUUUUGUAGUGUGAUUUCUCCCCCCUCCCCCUUUUUCCCCCAAGUUGCUGAAACUAGAUUGUUGCAAUUGUCAUGUUUUAAAACAUAACAACACGCUCAUUUUAGUUUGUUUUUUUAAUUACCUGCUGAUACAAUUAUAAUGGGAACUCGGGUUUCCAUGGGAUAUUUUUUAUUGAUAUUUUUUUACAUUUACAUUGUCUGUGUCAUGUUCAUUUUAUUAUAAAGUAGAAUGUCAAUGUUUAUCAAGUAGGCUGACAGACUAUUGUAAUCUUAGUGACUGAAGGUCUUCUAUAAAAAAUGCAUGAGAUUGCUUACAAAAAAAAGAAAAAAAAGAAAAAAGAUUAUUUAAGAAAAAAGGCAAACAAGAUUUUUUUAAAAUGUUAAUUACAUGUUUGGUGGGAAAAGUAUCUGUGUUAUCCAUAAUCUCUCAGCAUGUGGAGAGAGAGAGAGAGACUUUGAUAUUAUGUGUAUCUAAGUGUGCAUGUGGGAGCACAUGCUAUCUCCUCACGUGCAAGUCGGGUUAGAUGUACAAUUCUGUGUAAUGAUUUUUUGCUCAUUAGUUAAGUUUCCAAAGAAUACCUUUGUACAUAGUGCAUAAACAGUUGAUAAAGCAUUGAAACUGAGAGAGGGAAUAUUGUAACCAGUAGAAAUACCUAAGUCUUCUAAGGUAAGUGUGGAAAUAAGAUGUAGCUGUAUCUCCAGUCUCAUUGAUGAGUGGAGAUCCCCAUAUAUAUAUACAUAAUUAUAGACAGACAGACAUUUACAUAAUGUAUAUUAUCUCUAUACAUUUAUGUAUGUAUCUAUGUAUGUAUUUAUAUAUAUAUGCGAGUGUGUGGGUGCGUGC